AGGAUUACACGCGAUUAUUUGAUUACUUUUAUCUUCAGGCACGAUCAAUGCCGCCGUAUACGUACACCUAGUAUACCUAGCUCGCCGAUGGCAUUUCUCUUUCACAUCGUACCUGAAUACGCAGUGGACGAUACCGAACACCGAAAUAGAAAAAUAGUUGGCCGAUUAAUAAUCGACGCACGACGCGUAAUGUCGAAUCGAAAAACCAGUCGCUCUCCGCAGCUACCGCUUCGCAGGAAAUUUCAGAGGCGAGGAGAGAAAAUAAAAGGAGACAAAUUGACUGCGGGUGUUUGGAAAAUUUCCUCGUUCUAAUUUAUCGUAAGAGAAUGAUGGUGCCGUCCUCGAAGGAGAAUCUCGAGAACGAUAGCGCCGUGUCACCCUGGCCCGGGGGUCCGACAAUGAGGAGGGUGGCCGGUGUCCAGUUGUAGCGUAUCUUCGAGCGAUCGGCUGCGCAGACCUUCGCGAAGAGGACGAAAAAAGAUGAGAUAGAGGAAAGAAGGGUGGAGGAAAGAGUGGAGAGAAAAAAAAAAAGAAAAAAAAACGUCGAUGUUCGCGAGCUUGACGGUCGUCCUGGCCACUGACGAUUGAUUAGGUCAUCCCCUGGGCAACGGUUGCACAAACAUCAAAUAAACGGCUGAACUGACCAGAAGGAUGGACAGUCAAUCGUCGAUUCUCAUCUGGACUGUCAACGAAAGUUGUUUCCCGUUCGAUUCGCCACCUCCCAUUUUUGGCCAUUCGUACUUCCGUCGUUAAAAGUCGCAAUGAUUGUGCGAUUUUUAACGAUACUCUUAUACAUCCUGUGCAUCGAAUAUCGACUCUGUUCUGUUCGUGCUCAGGAUACGGAUGCAGAUGUCGAAGUUACGCAGAGUCGGACACCCUCCAGACCCCUCAACUUGCUUGUUAUAAAUGACGAGGAGAAUGAAUCGGCGAACAAGUCGGUGACAAACGCGUUGAAAGAACUAAAGGAAAAACGGCGGGAUCUUCUCAUCGGAGAUAUAUCGGUGGUGCAAAUCAACAGAUCAGAUCCGCGAGGAACCUUGGAUUUGCUAUGCGCAGUUUGGGAUCCCGCGGUUCAGGAAAAUCGCGACAAAAUUCCGGACCUCAUAUUGGACACGACGAUGACUGGGGCAGGGUCUGAAACGGUGAAUUCAUUCACAGCAGCUCUGGGACUCCCAACACUAUCGGCGCAGUUUGGUCAAGAGGGGGACCUGCGACAAUGGCGAAACCUCAAACAGGAGCAGGCUAACUAUUUAAUUCAAGUAAUGCCGCCGGCUGAUUUGGUCCCCGAAGCGAUUAGACAACUCGUGAUAACUAUGAACGUGAGUAACGCGGCCAUCCUGUUCGACGACAACUUCGUCAUGGAUCACAAAUACAAGAGCCUUCUACAAAAUGUUCCGGUUCGGCACGUGAUCGUCAAAGCGAAAGAAGCGGGUUCACAGAUGACGAAGCAACUCUCCAGGCUCCGGAAUUUGGAUAUAGUAAAUUUCUUCGUCCUCGGAGGAUCAGAGACGCUUCGCGCCGCUCUCGAUGCGGCCCAAGCACUCAAUUUUACCGGGCGGAAGUUCGCCUGGCACGGUUUGACUCUCGGAGAUUUCAGUCCUGACUGCGAUUGCAUGAACAUCACGGUGCUCUUCCUCAAACCCUCGCCAUCUGCGAACCAGCAGGCACUCGGAGAAUUGAAAAAUAAGGGGCUGCUCAUGAAACCCGUUCUCACUUCCGCGUUCUACUACGAUCUCACCAGAAUCGGCGUCACCGCAAUGAGGGCUGCCAUCGACUCUGGUCACUGGCCAGCGGACUCGAAUCACUUGACCUGCGACGCCUACGACGGUAACAAUACCCCGGUCAGGUCCAUCCCGUUUCUCAGUCACCUGAAAAACGUCACAUCGAGUAGCGAAUUUCAACCGAUUUACGCGAAUUUCACAUGGGGCGAGAGAAAUGGACAGCAUCACGCCAGCUUCCAAAUGACGAUGUCCAUGGUGAUCAUCGCUAAUAGCAAUCCAGUUUCUACGGAAGAAGUCGGAUUAUGGGAUGCUGGGAUCGACAGGCAGCUGGAGGUAAUCUCCGAAGAUUUAAUCGCCAAUCACACGGCGCAAACUAGCUACAGAGUCGUAACGGUCGUCCAGGCACCUUUCGUCAUGUACGAUGCAGAAACAAACACGUGGUCUGGUUACUGCAUCGACCUUUUAGAAGAAAUACGUAGCAUAAUCAAAUUCGAAUACGAGAUUCGUGAGGCGGAGGAUGGGCGAUUCGGGAAUAUGGAUGAUGAUGGGAAUUGGAACGGUAUGAUCAAAGAGUUGAAAGAAAAGCGUGCCGACAUAGGGCUUAGUUCACUUUCCGUCAUGGCUGAACGUGAGAGCGUAGUGGAUUUCACUGUCCCAUAUUAUGAUUUGGUGGGAAUCACAAUUCUGAUGAAGAAACCGCACUCUCAAACCUCUCUUUUCAAGUUUCUCACUGUCCUGGAGAAUAACGUUUGGCUUUGCAUCCUCGCCGCAUAUUUUUUCACCAGUUUUCUCAUGUGGGUAUUCGAUCGGUGGUCACCCUACAGCUAUCAGAAUAAUCGUGAAAAGUACAAAGACGACGAAGAAAAGAGAGAAUUCAAUCUCAAAGAGUGCUUAUGGUUCUGCAUGACUUCACUCACUCCUCAAGGUGGCGGAGAAGCGCCAAAAAAUUUAUCCGGACGUCUGGUAGCCGCUACAUGGUGGCUUUUUGGCUUCAUUAUAAUCGCAUCCUACACGGCUAAUCUCGCUGCUUUCCUCACAGUUUCCAGACUCGAAACCCCAGUUGAGUCGUUGGACGAUCUUAGCAAACAAUACAAAAUACAAUACGCCCCACUUAACGGGUCCUCAGCCCACACUUACUUCGAUCGGAUGGCCGGAAUUGAAAAACGUUUUUACGACAUCUGGAAGGACAUGAGUCUGAACGACAGUCUCUCCGACGUAGAACGUUCGAAAUUGGCCGUUUGGGAUUACCCGGUAAGUGAUCGAUACACGAAGAUGUAUCAGGCUAUGAAAGAAGCGGAGUUUCCUAAAAAUAUGAGCGAAGCUAUCGAGAGAGUACGCGCUUCUAAGAGUUCCGGUGAAGGUUUCGCGUUCAUCGGCGAUGCAACCGACAUAAGGUACUUGACGCUGACUAAUUGCGAUUUGAUAAUGGUCGGAGAAGAAUUUUCGAGAAAACCAUACGCGAUUGCCGUGCAGCAAGGAUCCCCGCUGAAAGAUCAAUUCAACAACGCGCUUCUAUCGUUACUUAACAAACGAAGAUUGGAAAAGUUGAAGGAGAAAUGGUGGAACAGGAAUCCUUUGAAGAAAACGUGCGCCAAGGAGGACGAUCAGAGCGAUGGGAUCAGCAUACAAAAUAUCGGCGGUGUUUUCAUAGUAAUAUUUGUCGGCAUAGGCCUGGCGUGUAUGACCCUUGCCUUCGAAUACUGGUGGUACAGGUACAGACCGAAAGCGAACAACGUGAACAACGUUCCAAAUUCAAAAACUGUCCACAGCACAAAACCUGUGAGAUUUCAUCUCCAGCCCGCCGUUGCACCACCAAGAAACGCCUUUCCCGCGCCACAAUUUCGCGGACGGUUUUAAAAUGAAGUUUAUCCAGCAGUUUCGAUCAAUGCGUGAUUUUUAUUCAUUUUUUUUGCAAUCAUUGAUCGGUCUAGUUUCUCAAUGAAUUUCCACGAAGUUUACAGCCGAUAAUGAAUUCACGAGACCCAUGCUAAGCAGCUGGCAGCACAUGAGUUCUUGGUUUUAUGUGUCAAGGAGAAGCUGCAGAACUUGAGAACUCUUCCCCAGAUUUGGAAAAUUUUUAAAUUCAUGGAAAACGCGAUAAAGGUAGAGUCUAACAACAUACGAUUUCUACGUUAGUAUGAAUGUCGACAUCAAUUCACCUGCCAUAAAAUAAUUUCCAACUUGAAAAUUAUAGACGGAUGCGCGUGUUCUAUAUGCACAAAUAUUUUCUACUUUACAUUACGUGAUUUUAUUGUAAGGGUUACGCGUGUUUCUUGUACAUUAUUGAGUCUUUGAAUAAACUAUAUAUACAACGA